UUUAGUUGUUAAUAAAGUAGGAUAAACAACAUAAAUAGUUUUUAAAAUCAGAAAUAUUAUAUGCAAAAAAGUAUUCAAAAAAUAAACUAAGUAGAUUUAGAUACUGCUAAAUUACAAUAAGCUAGUUAAGAAUUAACUUUCUAAAAAAAUUUUGAUGUUUAUGAUGAAAGUCUUUUGCAAUCUAUUGAAAAUAUACAAAAAAAAUAUAAAUCAUCAUAAAAUUUAGAAAAUUUGUAAAAAAAUGAAGACUUUAAAUCUAAAGAUUGGUCUGAAUAAGUUUAGCACAUACUUUUGACAAAAUUGGUUCCUACAUACUUAAGUGAUGUCUCAUAAUAAAUUGUUUAUUCAUUUAAUAAUGAAUUAGAAUUAAAAACUUAAUUUCUGUAAGAAUAAGUUAGCAGUCACUAGCUUAAAUUAGGAGAGAAAUAAAGAGAAAUAGAUCGUCUGAGUUUAGACAUUAAUUUUUUAAGCAAGAAGGAAUAAGAAAGAGAGGUCCUUUACGAAUAAAAAUGGAAUGAUAUUUUAAAUUAAAUCAUAAAGAGAGAAUAAGAAUUUAGUUAAAUCUGUCAAGAAAAAACGAAAUAUUGGAUAGAAAGGAUUAACGAAAUUACUACUUUGUUUCUAGAAGUCAAGAAUUUUGUUAUGGCUAUCAAAAAUUAUAUACCAAGAGAAGUAUAUAUGGGAGAAUUAUUUAGAUUUAAAAAGCUUUUUAGUAUUGAAGAGUUGAUGGAAAAAAGCAUUUACUCAUAAAAUCACUAAGUAAUUUGGGAGCUCUAUCAUGAUUUAGAAACUUAGAUGAGAUCUUUUUAAACAGAAAAAGAAAUUCUGUAGUUAAAUUUGAAUUAAUAUAAGCAAUAGUGUGAGUUACUUGAAAAAAAACUUUAAAGAUAGAAUAUGGAAAUCCUAGAAUAUUAAUAAAAGAUUUUAUAUUUGGAAGAAGAUAAUGCAUUUUAUAUAUAAGAAAUCGAAGAAGUAAAAAGAGAAUCGGAGUAGGUAUCUCAGAAGAUUGAAAAAAACUGCUAGGAAAUAAUCAUUAAAAAAAAUUAAUAAAUAGAAUAGUUUCAUUAAAGGUAUCUUUCAGUUAUAUCGAAUAUUGACUAGAUUAUUACUAGCUAAGACUAAAAAGUAAUAAAUCUUGAAUCAUUUUUAGCAAACUUAAACAAAGAGCAAAUAGCACUCAAAAGAGAAAAUUAAGAACUUAUAAAAGAGCUUUAACAUACAAACGAAUAGAAAUCUAGACAAGCAAAGAUAUAUGAAGACUCUUUAGAGUAUAUGAAACAACAAAAAAAAAAUUUAAUUUAUCAACAUGAAAAUUAGAUUAAAUCUGAAAAGUUGGCUUACGAAGAAAAUAUUAAAGCUAUAAAAGAAUAACUGAAUGAUAAAGCAAAUAAAUAUUAAAGUCUCUACUCUAGUUUGUUAUCAAAAAUAUAGCAGCAAGAACAAGCAUUUACUGAAAAAGAAAGUUAUCUUUCAUACCAGCAAAUAUAAGAAACAACUAGCUUAGACAUGCUCAAGUAGAUUAGCUCUUAAGAAGAAAAAAUAGAGUAGCUCACUGAAUAAAAUAACUUUUACAAAUAAGAAAAUAAUUUAUUGAAGCAGAAAAUAGAAAAUUAUGACAAAGAAAUAAGUUAGCUAGAAAAAAAUAUAUAUAAUUCCCAGUAAAAAUACUAGAAAUGGUUUUAAGAAAAUGAGGAAAAUCAGAUCAAGAUAAAAGGUUUAACUUUAAAAAUAGAGCAGCAAAGAAAAAUUAUAGAUGAAAAAGAAAGUUAAAUAUCUGAAUUCAUAGAUAAACAGAAAAAAUUUGAUAAAGAAUUCUUUUAGUAGAAAAUGAAUUUUGAGUUUGAAGCUAAAUCUAUAAAACAACAGAGCUAAAGAGAAGUAGAUAAAAUGAGGAGAGAAUUAGAUGAUAAGCUUGACUAAUAAAUUCAAAAAUUUAAACAAGAAUUUCAAAAAUAAAACUUAAAUGAAUUGACAGCUAAAAAUUCAAGGGAAUAAAUUAAAAAUAAUAAUAAUAAAUCAAAUUAGUCUUAAACAUAAUUUGAUUAUGAAUAAAAUUAUGAUGUUCGAUUAAUUGUAGCGAAAGCUGUUAAAUAAAGAGAGAGUGAGCUUUAUGAAGAACAUCAUUAAAAUGUAGCUUAGCUUAAAUAAUUUUAUGAAAACUCUUUUAAGCAGUUAUAUGAGGAAUUAGAUAAAUAAUAAAAGGCAAGCGAGUAACAAUAAAAAUAACAUUAUGAAAACUUGUUAUAAGACUCUAAAAAACACCAUUCUAAACUUUAGGAAUCCUUAAUAUCAGAUAAUUCAAAUUCUUAUGAUAUUAUUUUAAAGGAAGAGCUUUAAAAGUCUUCUAUGCUUGAAGGCCAAUGUUUGUUAUAGAAAUAGUUAAAUCUUGAAUUGACGAUAGAUUUAAAAAAAUAAACAUUUUAAGUAGACUAACUAUCUAAAAAAAUUAAAGAACUAGAAGAAGAAUCGUUGAAGCUUAAACAUUAAGUGGAAGAAUAGAAUUUACAAGGUAUAAAAUAAAAAAAAACAGCUGAUUAAAAACUUGCAGAAAUAGAUUAUUUGUAUAAAGUUGAAAAAGAAAAAUAUUUAUCUACAUUAAGAAGAGAAAAAGAUUUAUCUAAGUAAUUGUAAAUUCUUUAGAUAGAAUAUUAAGAGUAAUUAAAUGUGUAGAAUAAUUUAUAAAGCAGUGAGCUUAAAGAAAUUAAAUAAGUUAUAAAAAAUUAAUAUGAAGAUUAGCUAAACAAAAUUUGUAUAGAAUAAUCAGUCUUUGUAAAUAAAAUACAAGAAGAAUUUUCAAAUUUCAAGGAUUUAUCGAACAAAAGAUACAAUACACUUAAGUUAAAAUAUGAGGAUUUACUUUUGAUAACGUAAACUUAACAGUACUUUCCAGUCAAAGAACCAUCAUAAGAAAAACAAUUAGAUGGAUCACCAGUUUUUAAAACUAACAAAAAUACACAUGACCAUAACCUAUUUAAAAACUAAGCUAUUUACAAUGGCUUGAAAAAGAAGAAUAUUACUUCAAGAGCAUACACUAGUUUAAGCUAAAAAAGAGACGAAAAUGUGUAUAAGUUUUAAGACUUCAAUAAAUUUAGUCAAAGUAUUGAUUUUAAUCAAAGCCAAUAUAAAGAUAGCAAGAUUUUAAACUAAACACACUCUGAUUUGCAAUCUUUUAAUAAAUCAUAAGCAAAUUAUUUUAAUUAACAGCCUUUAUAGAAUGAUAUAUCAAGAGUUAAAUAGACUAUAAAUGAUGAUAAUAAUUUUGAAGGAACUUUUUAUUUAAAAAAGUACCCUUUCACGAAAGUAAACUCUUAUUUAAAAAAUGCAGCUACAAUUGAUACAAAAAGAGAUUUAAAUAAAACUUUUAGUUUAUUAAGAACUUCUGAAAGUAGAAUAUCCAAAGAAAGAGGAUAAGCUAAUAAGAAUUAUUCUUUUACACCUAAUAAGCUAAACCAGUCAUUAGACUUAGAUCAGCUUGAUGACUAUUAAAAAAAAGUUGAUAAUAAUAAAAAAGUGUAUAUGAAUAGAAAAUAUAAUAUUUUUGCAAGUGAUAGUAAGCAAAUUGAAUAAAGUGAUAUCAUGUAACCUUCUCUCGAAAUAGUAAGCAUCAAUUUAAAUUAGCCUUAGCCUUGUCCAAAUAAAACUGGCUACGGAUAAACUUUUACUGAAUAAAUAAAUUUUAAGCAUAAUUAGCUUUACUCAACUUUAAAGCACUUUAAAAAUAACACUGUAAAGAUUGAAAGAUAAUAAAUAAAGCUUUCUAAUUUACCUUUAGGAAGUAAUAAUUGA